AUGAGUUUAGAUGGUUCCGAACGCGAGCUAACAAAUAUUGAUCCUGUGCUGAAGAUCUAUCACGACUGUGACGAUGGAAUUUUGGCAAGUUUAUUAUUCAAUUACGUACAGUCGUUUUCAAACACUUCUCUUCAGCCAGGACAAAGGAAAGUGAAAUUCUACAUUCCAAAUUCCUACAUCUCUCCAGGCGGUAUCGCAAGACGUGUAUUCAAUCUUGGUUACCUCAAUUUGGAGACAAUAUUUCCAAAAGAAGAACUUUUGCUGAUGACAAUCUCUUCUUCAGCAGGAAUGGGUGAUGGUUGCAUAUUUGGCGGUACAGGUGACAAGGAGAUCACAGUAGAUGGGCCUGCAAAAAGAAAUUAUCGCGAUGAAACUGGAAAUUGA